UACGAUAUAAACGCUGUUUCUCAGUGAAGCGGUGGUGCUUCACAGCAGAGCUGAAAAGUGCGGAACAAGACCCGUUACGGUAAACAUGAAGUUCGUGUUCGGUGUAGCAGUUCUAGUCACCAUUGUCGCAUUGACUGCAGCCACUAAGGGAAAGCAUGGCAAGGGAAAGACGAACGUGGUAGUCGUGGAUGCGUACCCCGAGAGGCGACCAGUGUACGACUACCCAGCUCCACGCCCAUCGUACGCCUACCAGCCUACCUACGCCGAGUAUGUGGAAGUACCCGUAAAAAUCAAGUCUAAAAAACACAAGAAGGCAAAAAAGCAAAAAGUUACCAUUGUCCAAGCGAGACCAGUGUAUGAGAACUACGGCUACGGCAGUUCUUACAACAACUACGAUGACUACGUGGUCGUCCCUAAAGUAAAAAAAAGUGACCAAACACGUCGAAAAGACCUACCGCCAAUAUCGGGAGCCAGUGUACUACGACGCGCCGAAGAAGGAGCGACCAAUCACCUCGGUUCUUGUUUUGAUUACAGACCUUCACAUCAAAGUCGUAAACCAAACACCGAAAAAAGUGAAAGAAGCCUACCCAGUGCCAGUGGAAGUCCCCGUGUACAGAGACCGUAUACAGAAAGUGCCAGUCUACCAACACGUUCCUUAUCCAGUAUAUAUACAGCCUCAAAGACAUUACGCUCCACCUCAGCGUGUCUACUACCAUUCACCCAAGCAAGUCUAUCAUCAAGCACGACCGUACGGACGCUGAACCAGUCCAGAGGGCCAAAGCUGCUACCUAGGCUUCUGAGAAGAUUUCCAAGUGUUUGCGACCACAUUGCGAAAACAAUAAAAUUCUUUUCAGAGUUGCAGUCACAUAUUUCCGUAACGUAAUGCAUCCAAAAUACAAAAAAUCGCAACAUAAUCACGGAGCAAAUGAUGAUGAGUGGCGCGAAGCGCUAGAGGCUAAACCGUCGCUAAACCGUGAACCAUCCGUGAAUAUCGCACACUACAUCAUCGAAGAAUCGACCGACACUGUAUAUACAUAUACAAUAAAUUUUAUUAUUCGUAAGUGGUA